UACACUCCGAGCCUAUAAACGCCGCAAAGCGCCCACACACGCCGCUUUCCCCCGCCGGACACAGACACGCAGCGCCAGACUACAUGCCGGCACCCCCAGAAGUUGCGCGCACAUCCAGAUCCCCGUGGGCGCCCCGCCCGAGCCUCCCAUGACGCCGCUGCAAGAUGCCACGCCGAAGCCGCCCAGGUAUCCCGCCGAUCUGGAGGCCUCCAUGAUCCUGCCCAAACAGCGAGCGUCGCCUGCCUCUUCUCUGGCCUCCCUGCCCUACCGAAGAUCGAACCCUUCGCUGCAUAAGCUUUUCGAGUCGACCACAUCGCUAUCAGGCUCGCGCCCCAGCUCCGGCAGCGCCACACCGACCGCCUCCGUCGUACCCAGCUCUACCUUCUCUCCCGGAUCGAGAUUAAAUGGCGCGGGGACCCCAGGGAGCCUGCCACCGGGCGUCUCGGACGAGCAUAGGCUGCUCAUACAAAGGGCAUUUGCGCCCCACGUGGUGGUGCUUGCGGACACAGAGACGGAGGAACUGAUGCGGAGAAAGGGCUUGGAGGGCGGAUUGCUACAACUAUUAAGGCCAUUUGGGGAGUCGGUGCCUGGAAAGGUCACAAUAAGAGAUAGCGUUGGCGCAGGCAAGAGCUGCGACGACUUUGGCGUAAGGUUCGUUGGAAUCAACGAGGGACUGGGGCUCCCCCCCAGGAAUCCAAAUCUGCGGGUCAAUACAACAAAUGGGCAAAGCGAAGGUGCGAGGACAUCAUCAAGCGCCGUGCCGCCGCGGCGGAUAGGUGGAGAUGUUGCGCAAAUCGAAGAAUUGGUGGAUCGACAUUUGCAAUAUUCCGAGUUCAACACCGAAGGCAUGGUCUCCGACUACCUCAGCCAAAGCGAGCCGGUUCCGGCGGAAGCGACGUCUUCUCCCUUCUAUACGUUAUACUUGCGUCGGUUAUUGUCAGGGCUCCCAUUAGUGCCGCACGAGACGUUCGCACACCCCGUGGCAGGUGUCAUUGCGAUUAGCUCGCGGAAUCCAAAUCCGAUAGAAGAGCUUAGGAGGCUCUAUAAAAGGCAGCAUGACGGUGACCUUCGGCUUCCUCAAUGGGUGGAGAACGACUUUCUAAGAUACUACUUGUUGAUACAUGACGAAGACACGGGAGAUAUUGCAAAGUCCAAUCAGACUUUUGACGCCAUGAAACGACAUUUCGGCCUACAUUGCCAUCUGCUGAGGUUGAAGAGCCAACAAUGUAUACCAUCCGAUGACGACAGCGUGCGGUUACCAACCUGCGAAUGGAUGUCUGCUGGGGAGGAGCUAGCGGAGAUCCAAAAGCGAGAAACUGCGGACGAUAUAACGGAUCCCACCCCAUACAUCCCCGACUCCGACAUCACUGCCAUAAAAACCUUUGUCCGCGAACUCGUCGCCCAAUCUAUCGUCCCCAACAUGGAGCGCGCAAUCGCCACCUGGAACGAGCAAGUCUUGGCCCGCCGUCGCGGGAUCUCAGGUCGCUUCAUGUCGCUCUCCAAGCGCUGGACGCCCUUUGGGUCGUCGCGCAACUCGUCCUCUCCCACGCUCUCCUCAAAUUCAAACUACGACAGCCUGCAGGGCUUCUACCGGCCCGAUGCGCCAGAAGCGCUCAUGCGCAAACUAGCGGAUUACUGCUUCAUGCUGCGGGACUGGAAACUCGCGCUCAGCACGUACGAUAUUCUUAGGACGGAUUUCCAAAAUGAUAAAGCGUGGCGGCACUACGCGGGCGCGGCGGAAAUGGCCGCCCUAUCUGCGCUCAUGAGCACCACACCUCUGUCCUCAAAGACUCGCACCGAAAACAUAGACGCCUGGAUCGAAGCCGCAUCCUACUCCUACACCGACCGCCAACGAAGCGCAGCACCCUACUACGCCCUCCGCACACUCGCCCUAGGCCUCGAACUCCUCCGACUCCGCGGCUCCGGCGCCGCCGACGACGCUGCGCGUUGGGCAUCGCGCAUCCUCGAAACGGGCCUCGUGGGUGCUGUCGGCACCGCGCUCUUCACGGAACGCAUUUCCGCCUGCUACGCCGUCCGCACCGGUGUCGGCGCUUUCAAGCUAGGCUCAAGACGCAGGAAAGCAGCGCUCUGGGCCGUCCUCGCCGCAGAAAACUGGUGGCGGCUCGACAAAGCCCUGCAAGCGGAAAAAUGUCUCGACGCCGCUACGCGCUUGUACGGUAUCCACGGCCAAGAAACGCAGACUGGAGGGCCUGUUAAACUCCCUUUCCCGCAAAUGCAAGCCUACAUUGAUGAGCUGCGUCAACAGAUCCUCGGCUUGCGGCUCACGAAUCGCGGGCUGCUGCUUGAUGAGGAUGGCGAGGGCGGCGCGGAGGUCGCGCAGAGUCUAAUGGUGGAGGAAGCGACCGAGACGCUGGACAAGAGUCCGCGCGGGCAUCGCAAGAGUCUGAUCGGGAUGGUGGCGCCUCCGCCGAUUGAUGUCGGUCCGCUGAGUCCGCGGCUAGAGAGGGGCCCGGAAGCGGACAGGAGGGAUGACCAGUUCGAGGGCGCGUAGAGACAGACGUAAUUGAUGGAUAGGCUUUUUUGCUUCUCUGCCCUGGCCCGCAAGGGGCUGUUUUACAUUUUCCCAGUUUCCGUUUUGGCAUGGUAACGGCGUUUUGCGGUGAUGGAUCAUCAAGAGGGAUUUUCGACGGGUACAUAGGGUGAGCCUGGUUUGGGCGUUGAGCCCGUAUAGCUGAAGUACGUUGAACGAGGCUGGGCUAUAGUCACCGCGAAAUGUACUAUUCUCAC